UGUUACCACCUUACCACCACCACUAUGUCGAGUCGUAAGAAACGCAGAACUUUGGCCGCUUCCACCGCAAACAAUGAGUCUGCGAGCAUCCCAGGACCUUCUCAACUCGUCAAAUCCAAGGGGAGCCGCAGGACGAGAGGAAAACUGUCGGCACUAUUGGAACUACCACUGGACAUUAUCCUUGAGAUCUUCAGUUUUCUUUUACCACUAGACCUCCUUCACCUUUCACGUCUUAACAAAGACUUCCGAAAGGUUCUCAUGAGCAAGUCAUCCAUAGGCGCUUGGAAGGCUGCCCGUCAGAAUCUUCCUGGAUUUCCAGGUCCGUUUCUAGGCAUGUCGGAACCUGCGUGGGUAAAUCUCGCGUUCAUGGCAGAGUGUCACUACUGCACCAGAACUGUCCGCAAUGCGGACAUGUACCUUAUGACUCGCGUCUGUCCUCCUUGUGCUUCUGAGAGAUUGAUAAAGAUCAAAACGUUUGAACUCCAGGCCAAGCCGCCCUCAGCGCAUGUUUCUGUCGCAGAUGUAACCAAGCUCAUACCUACUCAUCGCACCGGCUAUCGUCGCGGCGAUCAUACAAGUCCUAAAGACUGGGACUGGUGGUCAUUGCGUCGCGAUUAUGAUGUUAUGUGCGCAAAACUACUGUCAUUUGAUACCUCAAGGGAACGGAGCGAAUUUAUCAAGAAUCAGACUGCGUUCGUGUCUGCUAAUUUCACGCAUUCACGUAUCUGUCAUACUUGGAACCUCCAACGGGCAAACGAGCGCUAUCGCGAAAUCCAUCAAGGGAAGAAAGACAGACUACAAGCGAUACAUGAUAAACUCAAGGAACUCGGUUACGAAGAAGACCUAAAAGGAACCCACCCAUACCUUGACCCCCUCGCUAGUCAUCCCCUGGUCAAGAAGAAUGCCCCAUUAACUGAAAGAGGAUGGUCUAAAAUACGGGACGAACUAGUCAGUUGGGCAGAGCUAAGGCGAGCCAAUCGCCUGGCCGUGGAACAUGAAAAGCUGGUCAACUCUCGCAAGCCAAUCGCUGUAUCUAUCCUUCAACAAUAUAAGAACGACCGCGCCCAUUACCCCGUAACGACCUUCUUCCCUUCCGUGGCUGAUUUCUGUCAAUUUCUUCCUAUCAAAGAGAUCCUAGACCUCCCGUCCGACACUGAAGUCAAUGAAGAAAGCUUUUCCGGGGUCAUUCCCCAACUUCCGGAACUCUGCAGGCAAUGGAGAGGCCGGAUUAAGAGGAAACUAACCAAAUUACUCCUCCAGCCUAAUCCAAAGCGCACAAGGGACGAAACAGUUCAUCAGUUGCAACUGGCUUGCAAUGUAGUGAUCUGUCACCGAUGUAGCGAGUUCCCUGACACAGCACGUAGGCAUAGAGGGCAAAGUGCUAGCCAAACGUUUUUUGUCAUGCCUCUCUUCUAUCCUCAGAUGCUCUCGCAUCAGUGUAUGCAAGCCAGCGCUCGUCCCGUGUACAAGUUCGCAUCACUUGAAGAUCGUACCGUCAGGCUCAACUAUCCGGCAUGGCAUGUCCGUGCACCAUGGUCCACGGAAUACCUCGUAGAGAAUGACAAGUUCAGGAGCAUCGUCCAGCGUAUCGUGAAGAUGGUGAAUCUGGAUCCGGCCACGACGACUGUGGCAGAAAUGGACGCUGACGCGUCGCGUUUUGCUUGUCUCUUGUGCGAAAAGGAGCAACUGCCAGAAUUAAGCUCGCAGAUGUUUAUCUUGUAUCGGUGGAGAGAACUGGCGCAACAUAUAUUCCAGAGCCACUUCUACGUGACUGCCACCUUCCCACGCCGUGUACUCAAGUUCGAUCAUGGAGAGCUUCCUUCUAACUAUCGAUAUGUUGCUCCAGCGAGCACGGUCAUGUUCCGCUGCGUUCAUUGCCAUGAUCUUCCAUCUGAAAGUCCAAAAAACAAUAAUGGGCCCGAGGACAUCACGAGACAUAUGAAUACCUUGCACCCGGAUGUAACGACGCCCAAGCUGAACAAGGAUUUCUACAUACCCUUUGGCACACCGUCUGAACCUCACAAGGGUCAAAUUUUCGUAGCGGAACUAUCAAACCAUAUCAGCGAGGAGUCGCUGAUCAACUAUGAACAUGCUCUAGAGGGCUUUUGCCAAUCCUAUCAAUCGCAGUUCCAGUGGGAGACUGACCCUGACGCAGGCGUCCAUUUCGAUGAGCUCGAUGAAGAUGACCUUUUGGACGAGGAUAGUUCCGAUGAUGAGAGUGGCAGCGAUGAGGACAGCGAGGCGUUAAGUUCGAGCUAGUCCUACGACUUGUCAUUCCACGGAUGAAUUACCCGUAGACCAUACUGUUAGAAUAUGGAUUCCUAAUUCGGAAGUGCGAGCUUGCAUGAACAUUCUCGCUGGUUCUCCUCAUAUUCACCGGGACGCUUACUCAUCUUAGUGAUAUAUUACUCAUUUAUUCUAGUACAUUCUACAUAUUCCGGUAGUAUAAAAGCCAUGUAGUUAGUAGGGCAUCACUAGCGCGAUUGCCGUGG